UACAGUCAUUCGAAAACUGUGCAUUGCGGAACUAUUGAGUUAUCCUGUAUUUAGUGAGUAUCAAAAAUAUGGAGGAUGGUGUAAGAAGAAAAUAUGAGGAUGCUCCAGGUCAAGUGUUUGAAGGAAAGUUCGGAAUUCGCGAUGUUGAAACGAAAAGAGUUCGUGUACAUCGUAGCCUCAUAAGAAAAGAAGAAGAAGCUUUGCUAGAGUUAAUUCAUCCAAACAUCGACAAACUUCAUCAGCGUGAAAGUGAUAAUGACUACCUGUGGGGCAUUUCUUAUUUUUUAGAACUUAGAACAGUACGAUAUCAACAAUGGUUUAAUUUUUUUUUUUACCGUGUUACCAGGUACUGUGAAUGGGACCGGUAUUUGGCCACUUUAGAUCAGCUGUUCUUGAAGUCGAAUGAUGCCAGAAAAUACAAGGGAUGUAUGCCACAUCAUAUCGAUGGUUUGCUACAAUUAGCUAAUGGUCUGGAAUACAUCCAUUCAAAGAAUUUAGUUCAUGGAGACAUCAAACCAGAAAAUGUCCUCAUUGUGGAGGGAUCUGCUGGCCAAGAUGAGAUAAUCCUCAAAUGGACAAAUUUUGGACUGAUCAGAAGUGUCAAUGAAGCAAGGCAAAACAGUCCUAUCAGAAGAAAUAAGGCAUGGUUAGCACCCGAGUUGCUUCAAUUGACAAGACUUAUAGGAAAUGUAGAUGAAAUCAGUUAUCCAGUAAGCGUCAGGAGCGACGUUUUUGCACUGGGACUUGUUUUUGGUUGUCUGUUAUUGAACGGCGAACAUCUCUACGGUCCCACCGCAAAUGAAAAUGAAAUUACCGACAACAUAGUUAACGGCAAUCCCAUCAACAUGCAAAAAAUGGAUGGCAAAUUACGCGACUGUUACGUGAAUGACCUUUUGAAACAAAUGUUGAGAAACGACCCCAAUGAAAGAAUAACAUCGAAAGAAGUAGUCGCUCAAUUACAAUCGAUCAAGAAUACGCUCUCUGGAAAAGAAAAAGAAUUACUUGAACUGUGUGGGCGUGAUUCGCGAGAGGAUCUCACGGAAAAAAUAAAAGAAUUAGUUCAGUUCGGAAUUAACGUGAACGCAAAGGACAAAGACGGAACGAAUGUGCUCCAUCUUUUGUGUCGGAACUAUUCAAACCCAAAAUUUACCGACGCAAUUCAACUCGUAAUCGAAAGCGGAAUCGACGUGAAUGCAAGGGACAACUAUGGAAUGAAUGCCAUUCAUUAUUUGUGUCGGUACCAUUCAAGCCAAACCUUAAUUAACGGAAUUGAAGUCUUGAAUCAAUCCGGAAUCGACGCAAAGGCAAUAACCGACGAUGGAUCGAAUGCGCUCCAUUAUCUAUGUCGAUACAAUUCAACCCCAAAUUUAGUCGACGCAGUUGGUAUUUUGACUAAAUUCGGAGUGGAUAUGAUGCUGCCGGACAACGCUGGAUGGAAUGCAUAUUAUUAUUCGCUUAAUAAAGUUAACAAAGGGAUGAAAAUUUGGUUCGACCGCGAAAAACCAAUAGGGGGCGGUGGCUUUGGUAUGGUAUUCAAAGGGAAGUUCGGAGGUCGUGAAGUGGCAGUAAAAAGAGUUGAAAUGCGUCAUGUGGACAAAAGAGAAAAAGACGCAAUGCUAAAAUUGGAUCAUCCGAACAUCGUCAAACUUCUUCAUUAUGAAACGGACAACGACUUUAUGUACUACGCAUUGGAAUUAUGUGUCGCUUCUUUAGAUCAACUUUUCCUGAAGUCGGAUCAUCCCAAAAAAUACAACGGACCUAUGCCACCUCCUAUCGAAAUAUUCCGGCAAUUAGCUACAGGCUUGGCAUACAUCCAUUCCAUGAACUUAAUUCAUCGAGACAUUAAACCGGAAAAUAUCCUCAUUAUGCGAAAGCCUGGAAAAAUUGAAGAGAUAAUAAUGAAAUGGUCUGAUUUUGGACUGGCCAAAUCCGUAAACGAAAAGGGACUUCACUCGUGGUCUGGAGUGAAAGGAACCAGAACUUGGUACGCACCCGAAGUGCUGGAAAAACUCAUCAACGAAAAAAAGGCGGAAAACGAAGAGUUUUGGGGCACCGUCAAGAGCGAUGUGUUUGUCCUCGGCCUCGUCUUUGGUUAUAUUUUCUUGGAUGGAGAGCAUCUAUUCGGCUCAAGUGAAACCGACAUUCACUUAAAUAUAACUAGAAGCGAUCCGGUGAAUAUGAAGAAUAUUGAUGCCGAAUUGCGCAAAUAUUAUGAAAAUGACUUACUAAAAAAAAUGUUGGAACACGAUUCGGUAAAAAGAAUAAGUUCGAAAGAAGUCGUCAAACAACUGGAAUCCAUUAAGAAUAAACUGGCUGAAAAAGAAAAAGAAUUUCGACAACUUUGUGCUCGUGGCUCUUUGUCUGAUCUAAAAAGAAGAGCCAACGACUUCAUUCGCAUUGGAAUCGAUAUGAAUGCAAAGGACAAUAAUGGAAGGAAUGCGCUCCAUAAUUUGUGUAAAUCAAGUUCAAGCCCACAUUUAAUUGACGCCAUUCAACUCUUAAUCCCACUGGGAAUUGAUGUGAAUGCAAAGGAAUCUAUUUGGCAACGGAAUGCGCUCCAUUAUUUGUGUGAAUCAAAUUCAAGCCCAAAUUUAAUUGGCGCCAUUCAACUCUUAAUCCAACUGGGAAUUGAUGUGAAUGCAAAGGACGAUGAUGGAUGUAAUGCGCUCCAUAUUUUGUGUGAAUCAAAUUCAAGCCCAAAUUUAAUUGAGGCCAUUCAACUCUUAAUCCAACUGGGAAUUGAUGUGAAUGCAAAGGACUUUUUAAAAAGGAAUGCGCUCCAUUAUUUGUGUGAAUCAAAUUCAAGCCCAAAUUCAAUUGACGCCAUUCAACUCUUAAUCCCACUGGGAAUUGAUGUGAAUGCAAAGGACAUUUGGGGAAGGAAUGCUCGAAGUUAUUUACGCGAUAAUGGUAAGAUUAGGAGUAAGGACGAAAUCCUAGAACUGCUCGACGCAGCACUUGUUGUUUGAAUCACAACUCGUUUCUAGGCGAUGCAAUGCACUUUGACGACGAAGAAUGAAAAUAUAGCACCUGUCGCAUACUCCGAAUUAUUUUGCCAUUUACCCCUUGAAAACUCAAAUUUCCCGCUUUCUUGGCUGUAUUGCUCAGGCCGACGGACUUUCAAAAAUAAAAAAAAAAUGACUGCAUCGCCGUACGUCUUGUCAAUUGAUUAUCCCUUUAGCCAUGUUGAUUGCGACUCAUUCGACAAUUAAUAAAUUCUUUGUGCGCAGACGACUUUUAAAUAAAAGAAAGUAUCAAAGCAUAAGGCCAGUGAUUCAAUAUCGGUUCAACAAGCCUCAUCUCUCAUUGGAUAAGUAUCUCAUUUCAUUUCAACUUUCUAGCAAACUCUAAAGGAACUGAUACAGGAAAACAAUUAGAACAGUAAAGAACCUAAGUAAACAAUGAAAAAAUAAUAAUGAAGAAAAAAAAUAUCUCGGAUGAUGAAUAAAAACACCCAAUUUUCUUCGUCAUAAAAAAGGCAAAUAAGAAGCCGCUUUUCCUAGAAGAGCUAACUGCGAACGUUUAACAAUUCCACUAGUCAAAUGAAAGAAAUUUUCACGUGAAAACAGU